AUGCUCAACAGUGACGAUGUGACAGUUAAGGAGUUAGUCAGAGGCUCCCUCAUUCUGGACCUACGGAGGAGGAAGGCCCCACUGGCCACGGACACUGAGGACAACUUCCUGGGCCAGGAAGAUGUUGUUGUUUUGGGGGCAGGCCAGGGGGAGGUGAUCAUUUUGGAAGUGGGCUGCUCAUUUGACGGCUACAUGGAGCAGGCCUUUGCCGACAAGCUUCUUAAAUACCAGCCCCUCGUGGCACGAUUGGACAGCCUGGGGUGGAGAGCUGAAAAAACUGAAGUAUUAAGUGAAGACCUGCUACAGGUGGAGAAGCGGCUGGAGCUGGUUAAACAGGUGUCCCACAGCACCCACAAGAAGCUGACUGCCUGUCUGCAGGGCCAACAGGGGGUGGAUGUGGAGAAAAGGUCUGUCAGAUCGCCCUCGAAAAAGCUGCCCCUUACAACGCUAGCGCAAUGCCUGGUGGAGGGAGCUGCAGUGUUGGGCGACGACUCACUAUUGGGGAAGAUGCUAAAACUGUGUGGCGAGACACAGGAGAAGAUGGCUCAAGAGCUCAUCCUGUUUGAGUUCACCAUUGACAGAGACGUGGUGGAACCCCUGUACGAACUAGCCGAGGUGGAAAUCCCCAACAUCCAGAAACAAAGGAAACAAUUAGCAAAACUGGUUCUGGACAUGGAUUCGGCACGCACAAGGUUCCACCAGUCCUCCAAAUCGGGUAUGUCCAGCAACGUGCAGCCAGGGGCCAAGGGCGAGCACCUCAGGGAAGAGAUGGAAGAGGCAGCCAAUCGAAUGGAGAUCUGUCGAGAUCAAUUAUCAGCAGACAUGUACAAUUUUGUGGCCAAAGAAAUCGACUAUGCAAGCUACUUUCAGGCAUUGAUAGAGGUGCAGGCACAGUACCACAGGAAGUCGUUAGAGCUCCUCCAGAAUAUUCUGCCUCAGAUUAAAGCCCACCAGGAGACCUGGGUGGAGAAGCCGUGCUAUGGGAAACCCUUAGAGGAGCACCUAGCCCUCAGCGGGCGGGACAUUGCCUUUCCUAUCGAAGCCUGUGUCACCAUGCUGCUGGAGUGUGGCAUGCAGGAAGAGGGCCUGUUCAGAGUAGCGCCGUCUGCGUCCAAACUGAAGAAGCUCAAGGCGUCUCUAGACUGCGGGGUGAUGGACGUACAGGAGUAUUCUGUAGACCCUCACGCCAUCGCAGGUGCUUUGAAAUCCUACCUACGGGAACUCCCUGAGCCACUGAUGACCUUUGAACUUUACGACGAAUGGAUUCAAGCUUCCAACAUUCAAGACCAAGACAAGAGACUCCAAGCCCUCCUCAUAGCCUGCGAGAAACUACCCCUGGCCAACGGCAACAACUUCAAGUAUUUAAUCAAAUUCCUCGCCAAGUUGGAUGACUACCAGGACGAAAAUAAAAUGACCCCUGGGAAUAUUGCAAUUGUCUUGGGCCCCAACCUGCUGUGGACAACGCAGGAAGGGAACAUUACAGAGAUGAUGACCACUGUGUCCCUGCAGAUCGUAGGCAUCAUUGAGCCCAUCAUCCAGCACGCUGACUGGUUCUUCCCUGGAGAGAUUGAGUUUAAUGUCACAGGAAACUAUGGCAGCCCAGUCCACACCAAUCACAACGCCAACUACAGCUCGAUGCCGUCUCCAGAUAUGGACCAUUCAGAUCGCAAGCACAAUGAUCAGAGCCGACGUCCACUCAGUGUGGCCACCGAUAAUAUGAUGCUGGAGUUCUAUAAGAAGGAUGGCGUUAGGAAAAUUCAAAGCAUGGGGGUCAGGGUGAUGGACACUUCUUGGGUGUCGCGCAGGGGCUCGUCGUCAGCGCGUAAAAGCUCCUCCACGCCCCUAGGUGUACAGCCCCCCCUCCCGCCCUCAGACGCUCUCAUACCUGAGCAGGGGGAGGUCUCUGCGUCCCCCUCCCCAACCCCUCCUCCCGCUAGCAGUGACCGUGCCAGUACUCUGAAGAACAAUGAGCUGUCUCCAGUGAUUGGACAGAAGGGCUUCCAGGGAACGGCACCCUCUGGUGGGCUGUCACAGCACUCUUCUGAACAUAGCCCUCACACCCUGAGAAGAGCUAAGAAGCUGGCCCCCAUCCCACCUAAACCCUACUCUCAGUCUGGGGGAAUGUCGGACCAGUCUACAGGUCAGCCGUCUCCAGUCAGCCUGUCCCCCACCCCUCCUAGUACCCCCUCCCUGUACGGCUUCAGCUACCCCCAGGGCUACGCCACCAUCGGCUCCCCGGGACAGGCCCAGACCGCCACCCCCUCUCUCUCCUCCCCUCCCUCGCUAGCCGGCACCCUCACCAAGGCUAGGCCCACUCCCAAGCCUCCUCGGCAGAGGCCCAGCCUACCCCCGCCGCAGCCCCCCAGCACCCCUGGCUCCAGCCCCCAACCUCUUGAGCACGGUGGCGGCCUUCUGGAUGGAUUGUCUCCUGGAGAGAGCAUGUCCACAGACUCUUUCUGCAACCUGGAUAUCCCCAUCAUUAACGUAGAACUGGAUGGCAUCUUUGAUGAGCCCAAGAUGGCCACCUACAGGAACUCAGUGGCGGUGGUCCGGCCAACCCCUAAGGCCGAGUCAGAGGAAGAGUCUGAGAGCACGGUACUAUGACAUCACAAGUUUCCACGCCCAGCCCUAACUAUUCCAACCUGUCUCCAGGACCCAUUCUCUGACCUUUGACCCAAUGGGGACUCACUCCAGACCUCACCUCCACCCAUAGAGACCAAGUACCAGGCUCAGCCCUGUAAAUCAAAGUCCUUCUACAAAAAAAUGUAAUAGACAUGAAUACAGAAAAUACCUAUAUCCACAUCCAGAGGGUUUCUGGCUGAGACAAUGGAGGUAGAAACUUUUGAUUCAGAGAAAGGGACCGAACGCUAGGUUUUUAUGUUGACUAGAUUCCAUUGAUUCUAUCUGGGGUGCAUUCAUUUUUAAGGAUUUAUUUGAAACAAUUUUGUUUAUUUGUCUUUUAUUUUUGCCUUAUUUGAGUCAUUUGCAAUAUUGCCUUUAACUUACAAGACAUGAAAACAAGUUGCUUGGUGGAAUGGGUUCUCCUCUUGUGAGUGCAGUAGGAAAGGAAGGGGACAGGAUAUCUCUGAUUUCUGUCACCAAGGCUAUAUCAUUCCUUUUGACGCCUAAACCCAUUCUUGUACUCUUGAGUUCACUGGCAUUCUGGCAACCCCUUGUUCCGUCCUGGCUGAACGUGUACGUGUGUUUGUGAAUUGUGUGAUGUGUUUGGAAACGUGCUGCAUCAUUGAGUGGCGAGUUCUGCCAUAGUCUGUGAAUAUAAUGGUACUGCACGACCAGUUUGAGCUUGAAUUCACAAUCACAUUCUUCAAAGGGGGGUUUAAGAUUACAUUUGGCUGUUAGAGGGGAAGUUAAAUCAGGAUAAUAUAUUAUUGACUAUUUAAAAUGACGGUUUAUACUGUACAUUUCAGAGUAUAUGAUAUUAACAGAGAUACAGGAGUUAUUAUAUGAGUCAUAUAAUAUAAGAAUUCAACCAUAGAUAUACAGAUAUUCUACUGUAUAUAGAACUAUAAAUACGGUAUACAGAUAUUAUAUAGUCUAGCAUGUACUUGACUGUACAUUAUCAUAGGAGAGGCUUGGAGCUCAGUGGGAGAAAUCUGCAUGUCUAUGUUGUAGUAGAGGGAAUAGAGCAUAGAAACAGAAUAAACAGAAUACUUAUAAAUGGAUUGCUGAAUAGUGAGUAUGAGUGGACUUUGCAGGGUGGGGCUACAGAUGUAGGAUCUUAAUUUGAUCACCCUGUUGCAGGAGAACUUUCCUUCAAUGUAGGAAUUUCUUUAACUUGAAGUGCAUUUGAGGUAUUAAAAGGCUUCUGAAGUUUGUCAUUUCCACUUUGAAAUUUCAGACUUGAUUUUCUCUUACGAAAAAUGUAUCAACCCCUACAAAAACGUCCAUUAGUUAUAAUCCACAUAAUAAUUGACAUUUCCUGUUGCAAACUGGCUUGCAUUUCAAACUGGCUCAAAUUAACACCCUUUGUCUGUAUACCUCCUCUCUGUGGUCUAAGUAACUCUGUUCAUGAGCGCCCUGAGACUUCUCUGGCAAGAGCCUGUCACUGGGGAGCCGGCUCAGCUGUUUGAAAGCAAAUAUUGGAAACUCUUCUGAGAGUGAGUGUGUAUAUGGGUGCAGUUCUGUGCCUGUGUGUAUGGGUGUUAUCCGGAAUAUAGGUACAUUUCUUCUGGUGCUAGAAUAUAUGUUUAUAUUCUAUCAUGCAGCGAAUGAGAAUAGGCUCUCAUUGAAAGUAUACAGAGGUUUCUGUUUCAGU